CCGGAGUCGGAGUUUGAUUCAGCUUCGUCGUUAUUUUUUUUUUUUUUGAAAAAUUCUCUUUUUACGAAGUUGGCUUCGUCGUUCUUCUAUUUCGCGCUCGCGAAAGAGUUUUGGUCAAAAUUGGAGCUUUUGAUAUUUGAUUUCAGUGUUAAUGGCGACGCGGAAUCGAACCGUACAGUUCAGAAAGCAUAGGGAUGCAGUGAAGAGUGUCCGUGCUCCGUUAUCUUCUUCGGCGUCUGGUUCGGGGGGUCCAGUGAUUGAAAUGGCAUCGCUUCUUGGUUCCAAUCGAUCUUCUUAUGCUCCUCUGAGCAGCGAAGAAGAUCCAGGUCCUUCUAGGGAUGCAUUUACAGUGGGUUUACCACCGGAUUGGGUGGAUGAUUCUGAAGAAAUAGCUGCAAAUAUUCAACGUGCACGGAUCAAAAUGUCUGAGCUAUUUAAGGCUCAUGGGAAGGCUCUGAUGCCCUCAUUUGGAGAUGGAAGAGAAGAUCAACGAACAAUUGAGGCUCUUACACAAGAGAUUACAAAUUUGUUGAGAAAGUCCGAAAAGAGAUUACAGAGAUUUUCAGCCAGGGGGUCCUCCGAGGAGUCUAAUGUUAUGAAAAAUGUACAGCGAUCACUUGCAACAGAUCUUCAGAAUCUUUCAAUGGAUCUUAGGAAAAAACAAUCAACAUAUUUGAAGCGUUUACGGCAGCAAAAGGAGGGACAGGAUGGUGUUGACUUGGAGAUGAACUUGAAUGAUAACAAAUAUAGACUGGACGAUGACGACUUUGGGGAUGUGGGUUUAAGUGAUCACCAAGUGAGUAAGCUAAAGAAGAGUGAGAAGUUCACAGAAGAAAGGGAGAGAGAGAUCAAACAGGUUGUUGAAUCAGUAAAUGAACUUGCCCAAAUCAUGAAGGACCUCUCGGUUCUAGUGAUAGACCAGGGUACAAUAGUAGAUCGGAUUGACUACAACAUUCAGGGUGUUUCAGCUUCAGUUGAGGAAGGUUUAAAACAGCUCCAAAAGGCAGAGAAAACGCAGAAGAAAGGAGGAAUGGUGAAGUGUGCAACAGUUCUAGUUAUCAUGUGCUUCGUUAUGCUAGUCCUGUUGAUACUUAAGGAGAUAAUUUUGUGAUUUUUCUGGUUUUUCUUUUGUUGUUGUAAUUUUCUCAGUUUGGUUGGGGUUUCAGAAUGGGGUAAAGGGGUACUGUUAUUGAUAGUGUUAUGGUUUUUGUAUGACCCAUCUUUUAUUCUUUCAUUCAAUAUUUCAAUAAAUGAAAAUGCACACACAGGAGCGUAAAAUUCUUAA